AUGAAGGCGACAGCAGAACCGCCGAUCGUGGGCGGAUCGGGAGAGGAGGCCACCAAGUACAUCUUUCGAUUCAAGGUCGACCUGGGAGGGAAAAAGCGCCGACGAGGAGGCGACGCCCCCCAGGGGGUGGGUCCCCCUGCUUCAUCCUCCGCCCCAUCAACAUCAUCAUCAUCAUCCACCCCUACUUCAUCCUUGCCCACCCCUGCCCCGCCGGGUGGGAUCGAGCAGUACCUGAGCAAGACCAGGAUCAAGCUGCUGCGCGACAAGCAGAUCGAAGAACGUAAGCAGCAGCAGGCGCAGCUCCAAUCCAUCCUCAAGCAGCACGAAGAACAGCUGGUCCAGCGCCAACCACCGCCCCCUUCAUCUUCAUCCUCCUCUCCUCCCUCUGCCGCCGCUACCCCAACGACCGAUCGAGUGCAACCGGGCGACGGCAGCUCGCCAGGUGACCGCCAAGCACCGGCCAAGCCCGAGGCCUCCAGCGGCGGCGGCGGCGGUGGGUUCGACGUGGCGGCGUUUCUGAGUGAGGCCAACGCCGGGACGGUCCACCCGCUGGGCGCGGGCCUGUUCCACAAGAAGCGGGCGCGAGGCGGGAGUAGUAGCAGCAGUGGCUCCACGCCCCCAUCGAGAUCGACGGGCAAGCGGGAGGCCAAGCGCUCGAGCGACGAGGAGGAAGUGGAGGACUACGAUGACAAUGAUGACGACGACGAAGAAGAAACACGCGCAGUGCAGCCGCAGCCGCAGCGCAAGGCACUAAAGAACGAAAGCGACGGUAAUGCACCAAAGAGCGGCGGAAAGAACGAAAACAAAGGAGGCAGAGCAGCGGGAUGGCGGAGGGACGCGGAAGCGGCGGUGGCGGUGGCGGCAGAGGAGGAGGAGGGGAUGCGGCGGAGCGUGAACGAGGUGGUGAAGCCCAUCGGCGGCCGCCGCCUCGCCGCCACCGCCCAGUUCUUUCCUCACACCCCGCCGCCCGGCCUGGGUGGAGGCCUCUCGUCCCCGACCUCCCUCUCCCCGGAGGCGGCGCCGUCGUUGGUCGCGCUGGCCCACAAGCCCUACAUGACCGCGGCAGCGCACGCCAGCGGCGACUCCUCAAUGGUGGUGCGUCGGCCCAAGCCACCACAAGCAGGCGCACAAUCAGCAGCAGCAGCCGGCAGGGGCGAGGCCCAGCAAGCGGCGGUGCGGGGUGUGGUGCCUCUGCGCCAAGGCGGCCGCCACCUGAGCUUCGUUUACGAGGGACUGACUCUUGUGAGUAUGUACGAGACCUACAUAUGGAACUAUACACCGAUGCACCCGUCCAUCCUGCACGAGAGCAGCGUGCGCCGCAUUCUGUGCGGAUCCGAGGAGGACACGGGCACUCCGCUGGCGCUGAGCGUCAACGUCGCCCUGGCUGCGGCUUCGUACUGGCUGGGCAAUGCCAAGCGAGGAAACGAGUUCUAUCGGGUGGCGCGGCAUCACCUGGCCUAUCUGUUCGACUCCUCGAGCUACGAGGUGGCCGAGGCCCUGGUCACUCUGGGCGUGCUCAGCUAUGGGCAGGGCGACGUCAAGCGAUUCGGGUACUUUGUGCACCUGGCGAGCACCAUCUGCCAGCGGAUCGGGGCCUACAACAGCGACAUCUACGCCAAAUGCGUGAUCGCCACCGCCCUUGAUCCACUCUGUCCCCAGGAGGACAAGGCCAGCCUCCUGGCCGACUACAACCGCAAGGCACGCCGCUCCCCUUCGCUCGGGCAUCGACUGAUGGGUCAACUGGGACUGUGUGUGGUGCAGGCACCGGUGAGUCCGUAUUACGAUAGCACGCGGGCGAUCUUCCCUGAGCACUCGGGCGACGUGGUCUUCAACGAGCGAUCGCGGAUGCUGUACAAGCGCUACAUCAAGAUACGCGAUGCCGAUCGGCAUCUGUCCGUAUUUUGGCUGACGCUCAAGGAGUGGGAGCAAGCUGCCAAGGCUAUCGAGCAGCACACCUGCACCAAGCCGCUCCCACAGGCCUACAUGGACGAGGCUUCCCUCACGCGGUUCUUGAGAGCCCUGCUGCAUUUGGAGGCGAUGCUCGAAGCAGACUAUCUCGGGGACGGCUUCCACGUGACCAUGGUGCUGUACCGGCUGGCCGCCCGCGCUCAGUACCAUCUCAUGCGCGGAGACGAGGCCAAGGCGUGGUAUUGGGUUUCUCAGUCCAUCGAAUCGCUGCAAAACGUUCACACGGUCCGGAUCAGUCCCACCACGCUCCCGGCCUACCAGACCCUCCUCGACGUCCUGGUCCACUUCAAACGCGUGGCGACGGUGGCGCGCGGAUGGAUCGACAUCCAUCCGGUGUGCCGCUCGGCGGUGGACCACUACCUGCAGCUCGCCGAGGCGGCCGCAGCGACGCCGCCGCCGGCCUCGAGGCCCACUCCUGCCGGACCCACCACCAUUUCGACUACUUCUUCUCGGCGGUGCGAUGCCUCUCCGGGUGCUGCUGGUGCUGGUGCUGUUCAUGUGACUGCUCCCCGGGACUACCACCAGGCACUCGUAGGCCACUUCCCGAGCGACCGCUUCGUCUCUGUGACUGGGACUCGCCACCAGCAGCAGCUCUCCGCGGGCCUCCCCGCGACAUCGGCACCACCACCAACCGCAACCGCAACCGCGACAGCGCCGGCGGUGGCGGCGACGACGAGCAGCUUCGUCGUGGGGCGAGCGUGGGGCGAGCCGGGCCGAGAGAGCGGCCAGGACAUACCGCAUGGGCAGGUCAUUCCCCUCGAGGCGAGUGGUCGCGAGUCCUGGAGCGGCGUGGGACCCACGUCGUCGCUCGAGGCCAACAGCGACCUGCCGGUGCCGCCUACCGCCGCCGCUGCCAUGGGCCAGCAGCACAGACCGGUCGAGGAUUUCGACAGCGGCUGUCUCGUCGGCGGACAACGGAAGGACAACGGGCGGAGCAGCUUCGACUGGUCCCUCUUCCUGCAGGACCUCGAGGCCAACAACACGUGA